AGUGAAGAAGGCAGAACUGAAGUCACCAAACCAGAUGAGGCUUCUAUAAAUAUAGACCCAAACUCUCUAGUCAGGAGUCACCAAAGCUUGAACAAGAGCUACUAUCUUCCUUUUGCAUCUGCAUUUUCUCUCCUGUAUUCUUAGCAGGUCUUCAGUUCAGCUUUUAGCAAUGGACACCUUCUUGUAUACUUCUGAAUCUGUAAAUGAGGGACACCCAGACAAGCUAUGUGAUCAGAUUUCCGACGCAGUCCUUGAUGCCUGCCUUGAACAGGACCCUGACAGCAAAGUUGCAUGUGAGACAUGCUCAAAGACCAACAUGGUUAUGGUAUUUGGUGAGAUUACAACCAAAGCCAAUGUAGACUACGAAAAAAUUGUGCGCAAGACCUGCCGUGAUAUUGGAUUUGUUUCUGACGAUGUUGGCCUCGAUGCUGACAACUGCAAGGUCCUUGUCCAGAUUGAGCAACAGAGCCCUGAUAUUGCUCAAGGUGUCCACGGUCAUCUCACCAAGCGUCCUGAGGAUAUUGGUGCAGGGGACCAAGGACAUAUGUUUGGUUAUGCCACCGAUGAGACUCCAGAGUUGAUGCCCCUAAGUCAUGUUCUUGCAACUAAGCUUGGGGCUAAGCUUACCGAGGUUCGCAAGAAUGGUACCUGCCCUUGGUUGAGACCUGAUGGAAAAACCCAAGUCACUGUUGAGUAUUACAAUGAUAAAGGGGCCAUGGUCCCUAUCCGUGUCCACACCGUUCUCAUUUCCACUCAGCACGAUGAAACUGUAACUAAUGAUGAGAUUGCAGCUGACCUCAAGGAGCAUGUUAUCAAACCUAUCAUUCCUGCAAAGUACCUUGAUGAGAAGACCAUCUUCCAUCUCAAUCCAUCUGGCCGUUUUGUCAUCGGAGGUCCUCAUGGUGAUGCAGGUCUUACUGGUCGUAAGAUCAUCAUCGAUACUUAUGGUGGUUGGGGAGCCCAUGGUGGUGGUGCCUUCUCUGGUAAGGACCCAACCAAGGUUGAUAGGAGUGGUGCCUACAUCGUCAGACAGGCUGCCAAGAGCAUUGUUGCUAAUGGUCUGGCUCGUAGGUGCAUUGUUCAAGUCUCUUAUGCCAUCGGUGUGCCUGAUCCAUUGUCCGUCUUUGUUGAUUCAUAUGGCACAGGAAAUAUUCCAGAUAAGGAGAUUUUGAAGAUUGUCAAGGAAACUUUUGAUUUUAGACCUGGAAUGAUUGCAAUCAACUUGGAUCUCAAGAGGGGCGGCAACAACAGGUUCCUGAAGACGGCUGCAUAUGGGCAUUUCGGAAGAGAUGAUGCAGAUUUCACCUGGGAGGUAGUCAAGCCCCUCAAGUGGGAGAAGCCACAGCUCUAGAUGUCUUAUACAUAACCAACUUGUCUUCUCAGGCAACCCUUUGACACAAAAAAUACACAUAUAGUUUGCAUCUCGUAUUAUUUUUAUGCGCACGCACACACAUUAAUGAUUUGCCUGGUGUUUGUACCAUACCUGCAUAUUGGAAGUGAUGGCAUUCUUUAUAGAAAGAUGAAAUGAGCUAUUUGUACUAGAGUGAGGGAGGGGGAAUGUUUUCUGUUGAAGUUGUAUCUUGAUCAUUAUUAAGAAACUUAAUAAAGAAUUGCGAAUUUCUCUUGGA